CUUUCUUCUUCUUCUUCUUCUUCGUCUCUGCGAAAAUCACUCUUUGGUACUCAAUCUUUCUCACUGGCCAGACACAAUUCUCAGCAACAGCAGUAUCUAGGGCAGCCAAAGGUCGAAAUCAAAGCCGCUAUUUCUUCGGAGACGGAGACUGCGGCGGAAAUCGACUAUAUGGUCAAUUGGAUGAACUUAUGUUUCUCUCAUCUGGGUUCUGUCUGAGGCCAAUAGCGACUUAGAUUCUGUACCAAGUGAGGUCGUAGUAAUACCGGGACACUUGGCAAUAAUGAGUAGAACGUCGGAAGAUUCUACGCCGGACAAAUAUAGUGUGGAAGCUGCUGUUUCACUUGCAAAUGAGGCACUGCGUUUACCAAUUGCGGAUGCAGUGCCUAUAUAUGAUAAACUCCUAACAACAUUUCCCACAGCGGCCAAGUAUUGGAAGCAAUAUGCGGAGGCACAUAUGGUUGCAAACAAUGAUGAUGCUACAAAGCAAAUAUUUAGUCGAUGCCUACUGCAUUGUUUGCAGGUUCCUCUUUGGCGGUGCUACCUUAAUUUUGUCCGGAAAGCUAAUGACAAGAAGGGCGUAGAUGGUCAGGAAGAGACUAGGAAAGCAUUUGAAUUUAUGCUCGCCUAUGUUGGAUGUGACAUUGGAUCUGGGGCUGUAUGGGUGGAAUACAUCACAUUCCUGAAGUCCUUGCCGGCCCAAUCUGCUCAAGAAGAGUCGCAACGAAUGACAGCAAUAAGGAAAGUCUACCAGAAAGCUGUUGUUACUCCUACUCAUCAUAUUGAACAAAUCUGGAGGGACUAUGAAAACUUCGAAAAUUCUGUCAGCCGUGCAUUGGCAAAAGGUUUGGUGUCUGAAUAUCAACCAAAAUACAAUAGUGCAAGGGCUGUUUACCGGGAGCUAAAGAAGUAUGUUGACGAAAUUGACUGGAAUAUGCUUGCUGUGCCUCCUGGUGGUUCUUCUAAGGAAGAAGCACAAUGGAUUGCAUGGAAAAAGUUACUAGCAUUUGAAAAAGAGAAUCCACAAAGGAUAGAUACUGUAUCUUCCAACAAAAGAAUUGCGUUUACUUAUGAGCAGUGUCUCAUGUAUUUGUAUCACUAUUCUGAUGUAUGGUAUGACUAUGCCACAUGGCAAGCAACAAAUGUUUCAAUAGAUUCUGCAAUCAACACAUUUCAACGAGCUCUGAAGAACCUUCCUGAUUCUGAAAUGCUGAAGUAUGCUUAUGCGGAGUUGGAGGAGUCUCGAGGAGCAAUUCAGUCUGCUAAGAAAGUGUAUGAAAGCCUCAUAGGUGAUGGUGUCAAUGUAUCACCACUAUCGCAUAUCCAGUACUUACGCUUUCUAAGGAGAACUGAAGGGGUUGAAAUAGCUCGCAAGUACUUUGUAGAGACGCAACAAUCUCCAAACUGCUCUUACCAUGUUUAUGUGGCUUAUGCCAUGAUAGCCUUUUGUCUUGAUAAAGAGAGAAAGAUUGCACAUAAUGUUUUUGAAGCAGGGCUAAACCGGUUUAUGCAUGAACCUGGUUACAUUCUUGAGUAUGCAGAUUUCUUGUCUCGCUUGAAUGAUGAACAAAAUAUCAGAGUUUUAUUUGAACGUGCAUUGAGUUCGCUCCCACAAGAUAAAUCCAUUGAGGUUUGGGAUAGAUUUGCCCAAUUCGAGCAGACAUAUGGAGAUCUUGCCAGCAUGCUGAAGGUUGAGCGAAGAAGGAAAGAAGCACUUUCAGGAACAUCUGAAGUUGGUGCUUUUGAGACUUCACUGAAAGAUAUUGUCUCUCGGUACAGUUUCAAGGGUCUUUACCCUUGCUCUCCUGCAGAUCUCGAUCAUUUAGCCCGACAAGAUUUGCUUUCUAGAAACAUAAGCAACAAAACUGAGAAGCCCGCACUGGAAAAUGGAGCCGUCGUUGUAGAUAAAGGUGCUUCAAUGAUGGGAAUCAAUUCAAGCACCUCUUAUCCAGGCGUUUCAAAGAAGGUGAUUUAUGACCCGAGACAGAUAUCUGGUGCACCAUCUGUGUCCGGAGUUCCAGUUGUUUCUGCUGCACCAUCUGCCCCGAUUGUUGCAUUAACUGGUUCUGGAAUGCCUAGUGCUCCAUAUGAGAUUCCGAAAACAGCAUCUCCUUCUCUGCUAGCCUUUAUCACAAAUUUACCUGCUGUGGAAGGUCCAUCACCAGAAAUAGAUUUUGUUCUAUCAAUAUGUCUGCAAAGCAACAUGCAGCAAGUGCAGGUCGGGAAACCUGGAGGGUCCGCAGCAGCAGUCUUGCCUCAGCAGACUGGGCCUGCUCCAAGCACAAGCGACCUUUCUGGUUCAAGCAGACCUCAACAACCUGCUCCCAGCGGUUCAUCUUUCAGAUCAUCAAGAGACAGACAACCUUCAAAGAGGAAAGACUUUAAUAGACAAGAUGAUGAUGAGACUACGGUUCAAAGCCAGCCACUUCCGAAAGAUAUAUUUAGAUUACGCCAAAUGCAGAAAACUCGAACUGUUUCCCAGACCGGAUCAACAUCUCACGGAAGCGCAUUUUCUGGCGAUCUGUCUGGUAGCACCAGUUGAUUACACUUCAACUACUGAAGGUCUGUUUAUUAUUAUUUUUAGUAUUCUGUAAAUUAUUUAAUUUUUGUACUUUAGACUACCUUGUAGAAAGAACUAUUUAAGCUUUUAUUUUGCCCAUUUAUAGGCUGUAACUGAAGACCACUUCAGACAUGCUGUUACCUUUUACAAAUGUAAUUUCAUCUUUGAUGCUAUCAUAUUCUGAUCAAACGAAACAACUAUAUUUGAUCACGAGAAUUAUAUUUUCUUUGUGAUUUUUAAAAACGUACAUUUCAGAGUUUUGAUUUCCUUAACAGAAUAAUUUGAAAAGUUUUCCAUCACAAGUUUUUUUGUUUGUGACCCGA